GCUCGGCACCAUGCUUUCUUGACAAGUCCCGUCACUGGGUUUCACUAAUCAGUAAUCACCAACACCCAAAAGUAAACAACACACAGAAAAUGGAACUUAAGUCACUUGGUUUUCCCUGUGAUUAGGUUUAAGUUUUGACCAACAAAUUUCAACUUUUCUUCAAUCUGAUCUUAAGUUUAGGUUUUAUUUGAAGAUAUCUGCAAUUAACAGAUAUCAGCAUCAGGAGGUUUCCAAUGGGGAUUCGGUUUCUAUUGUGGGUGUUGAUAUGUGCAAUUACUUCCGUGCUUUUGAAAUUUCUGUCAGCUAUUAUCAAAGGAAGGAUUAACAGAAAAAAAUCUGUUGGGUUUUUCCACCCUUACACUAAUGAUGGUGGAGGUGGAGAGAGGGUACUUUGGUGUGCCGUGAAAGCAUUCCAAGAAGUGAACAGUAAUCUUGAUUGUGUUAUUUACACUGGUGACCAUGAUGCUUCUCCUGAAAGCUUGUUAACUCGAUCCAUCGAUCGUUUUGGUGUCAAGCUCCUUCAACCACCUCAGGUGGUUCAUCUGUAUAAAAGAAAGUGGAUUGAGGAAGGAACGUACCCACGUUUCACCAUCGUUGGGCAAAGCUUUGGUUCAGUUUAUCUGUGUUGGGAAGCUCUGUGUAAACAUACUCCCCUAGUUUAUAUUGAUACUAGUGGUUAUGCUUUUACUUAUCCACUUGCCAGGGUGUUCGGGUGCAAAGUUCUAUGCUAUACACAUUAUCCUACAAUCAGUUCAGAUAUGGUCUCUCGAGUUCGACAACGGGAUCCAAUGUAUAAUAAUGACCCUCUGAUUGCAAAGAGCAUUUGGCUAUCCCGUUGCAAAGUCAUCUACUAUACACUUUUUAGCUGGAUGUACGGGUUUGUCGGUUCAUGCGCUCACCUUGCAGUGGUCAACUCCUCAUGGACUCAAGCUCAUAUAGUGAAACUUUGGGGGAUUCCGAGACGUACGAAGAGAAUUUACCCCCCUUGUGAAUGAGUUGGAGGUAUUUCACAAUUACUCGCGUUGUACAUCAAUGGCAUACACCCUCCUUGCUUAUUACAAAGAAACAACAAAAUGACUAUUUACAUGACUCUUAUUUAC